AUGGUUACUACCCCAGCGGUAUCACUCAUGCGAGGCCCUCUGUUAGGUGCUCUCAUUGGCUUGCUUCUAUAUGGUGUGACAUGCACGCAGACUUUUUUUUACUUCCAAAGCUACCCAGGUGAUCGAAGGAGCCUAAAAGCCGUUGGUGUUAGAAAUGGUUCACGCUGGAAUGUCAAUCUAUACUAUGGAUUCCUAUCUAAUUGCCGGUUUUGCGGACGUGGACUUGUUGUUCUCUAUUCAAAGGCAACAUUUAUAAUUGGAUUUGUCAUAGAAUAUGUUGUCAAUCUCUAUUUCAUUUGGAGGGUUUGGAAACAUCAACUCAUGUGGUCGAUAUCAGUUAUUUCCGGCACUGGGCGCAGUGGUGUAGGGAUAGCUGCUUGUGCAUUCACUGCAUAUUACCACUCGUGGUAUCUAUUUCACCAGAAUGCCCUCGUGAUUCUUCUCGUUGGAAAUAUAAUGUACGUUGUGGGUGAUGCUGCCACGGCCUGCAUACUUGCGUACUAUUAUCUACACGCAGGACGUUCCGACCUUAAAUCCUCUAAAAUUGUCGAAGCUGGAACAAUCAUGGCUGCACGUCUAGCAUCUUGA